AUGGUGAGCUCGGGUGCGAAGCAGCUCUCGCCGUCCUCGUGCUCCCCUUCCCGGCGCAGCAAGAGGCGGCUCCACCGCUUCCUGAAGCCCGGCGACCUCGCACGCCUCAGGGACUCGAUCUUCCGGACCGUCAGAUCCGAUGCGCCACUCCUCCUCUCACCGCCCUCCUCCCCCUCCCCAGCCGCUCAGAUCGACGGCCGCCCUUGCUUCGUUGCCCGGGGGCAUGGCCCACGGUACCCGCAGCGGAGGAAGCUCGUUGCCGCCAAGUACGUCUUCUUCGGUCCGCCGAGCCCCGAUCCGGAGCAUUUCUUCGAUCCCUUUGGCGUGGAUCUGGUUCCUGCUCAUUGA